UCCAAACCCCCUGAUUCCGCCUCUGGGGCUGGGAGCCUCCGUGUCUCCGUCUCUGGUCUCUCUGGGGCGCUUGUGGGGCGGCGUCCAUGGGCUCCGCGGGGCUCCCCCUGGUGCUGCUGCUGCUGGUAGUUGGAGCGCUGGCCCGGAUCCCCGGAAGCGAAGGGGGGAAGGAGACCCCCGCCCAUUUCCUGGUCCAGUGGAAGCUUGAGUGCCAUUUCUUCAAUGGGACGCAGCGGGUGCGACUCCUGGACUGGUACAUCCACGACCGGCAGGAGAUGGACUACUACGACAGCGACCUCGGGAAAUACGUGGCCGUCACUCCGUUGGGGCAGCCCGAUGUGGACAAGUGGAACAGCGAUAAGGUCUUCAUGCAGAUCAAGAGGGCCGAAGUGGAUCGCUUCUGCAGGAACAACUACGAGGCAGCCAAGACCGGUCAGAUGGUGGGCCGGAGAG